AUGGGUCUCUUCACAGUAGCCGCCAAUGAUACAUUGGCAAUACCUGGAAUAAAGACUGGCAUUGGAUUAAUAUCAAUCUGGUGGAUGAUAAGAGCUGUAGAACCACAAUCCGUGAAUUCAAGCUUGUUUUAUGCUGGAGCAUAUGUUUCAGCAGUUGCCCCAUCUUCAUCAUCAUUUUCUAAAUCUGAUAUUUCAUUUUCAUCACAUUCAUUGUCAUCAUUAAACGUACUCAAUCUUUCACCAUCCAAUAGAAGUCGUUCUUACUCUACUUCUUCUCGUUCGUCAACAUCAUCAGAACACUCUUGUAGCUCGGAUAAUAUAUUUAUUUGUUCGAUUGACGACAAUGAUUUUGAAUUAAUCAAUAUCAACGUUAUAGAAGAUGAUUAUAAACCAUUAUCUUCCGAUUAUGAAUUAGAAGAUAUUGUAUAA